AUGGUCACUGCUUUUGAAGCAAGCAUUUUGGACGUCGAUCGAGACGAAUCCAUCGGGUAUCAGACUCACAGCAAAUUACUCAAUGGUGUUGAAUGUAAGUGAAUGAGUUCGUAGCUCCAUCAAAAAGGAGCACAUUUCAGUCUCUUUCUCGUCAUGUCUCAAACACUGCACUAGCUACUUCUGCGGCGACAAUGUCUCUCGCCCUGUUCGAGCCGUUUCUCAAGGUGAGUCAUCUCCGAUCAGUUUUCCCAAAUUCAAUUGUCUUUAUGCAGACGAAGCCUUCGAGACAUCGAUGAGAGAGAUGCAAGUGAUUGCCAGAAUCGCCACUGCAAUCUACGUGCAACGAGGGCUUAUCGAGGGGACCAUCCCGGCCGAUGAGCUCAUUUCGGACCUGCUUCGGAUGGGAACGGUCAUUCCCAAUCACAUCAUCGGAAUGGACAAGAAGAAUCUGACGGACGCACUCCAGGCACUUCAGGAUCUGCCGACGAAACUGAAGGACACGGCGAGGAUGGACGGGGUGCUGAAAUUGCUGGAUUCGUUGCGGAAAGACGUGGAGGGAAGUGGCGACGUCGGAAAUUGGGACAGUUCUGUCUUCAAGUCGGACGUCGAGGCGAUGGCUCGGAAUGGACUCAACUUGACGUUCGUGGCCAAGCUCGACCAAUACAUAUCGGAGUUUCGUAGUAUUCAAGGUAAUAACGUUAUUAUUUUACAAGUAAAAAGAUUUUACCUGUACCGUUUUUAAGGGUUUCUCAUGAACGAUGCGUUUUCAAAGUCGAAUGCUGAAAAUUAUUUCCUGAAAAUCAAAAAAGCAGUCGACGAGUUGAUUUCUAUGGCCGGAACGAUCAUGUCUGAAAGCUCAAAAGUUCUGAAGCUUGCUCGAAGUGAAAAUGCCACGUCAGCAAUGGGACCAAUCAUGAAAGCGGUCGCCGGCUACGAAAAGUUCCAAAAAAUUGAAACUGAAACGAUUCAUACUUCGAAAGAUACGGCCGACUUACAAUCAAUCAGCGAUAACUUCGAUCUUCUGUUCAACACCACGCGACAGAUGAAAGAAGUUCAGCCUCUGUUGGACUUUGUCAAGAAACUGAUCGACGCGCAGAGUGUUGCCGGAGAGACACAGUCGCCGAAGCACACUGCCGGAUGGACGAAAGGAGCAGGCGACAUCAACCAACUGUUCACCGAUGUCGACAGUCCGUGGAUCGGUCAAGUGGUGAAGGAGAACAGACUGUCGAAGUCGUUCAAUCCACUGAAGAAUCUCGGAGCACCUUUCGAUUCAAUCCAUCGGCAACUCGAACUAGGGCUGUCUUCUCAAAUCGCCCAGCUCAUAGUCCAUUCGAACGAGCUCAUUCCAGAAACUUCAAAGGAACUGUCAUCAGCUGCUAACGGUCUCCACACUUGCCGAACCGCCUUCGCUCCACAAUCAGUACAAGUUGCCGAUAUUUCCAGUCUCCGAGCCACUGUGGAAUCACUUGAUGCGACUAUGACCACUUUACGCACGGCGGUGAGGAAUGUGACUGAUCAAUUGACGAGCGGACUGCAAAUGUUCAAGGACAUCAGUGCAAUGUGCAAAGAAGCCAAAGAAAAACCGGAGGAACUAGAGAGCGUCGUUGAGAAAUUCAAGAACUAUAAAGAUCUGGACAAUAUGAAGAAGCUGGUUGCAGAUGUAGAUCUACUUCUGGCGCCUUUGAAUGCAGAAAAUAGCAAAGGAGAUAUAAAAACAGCCGCUCAAAAAAUUGUUGGUAACUUCACUGUCGUAGAAACUACGAAGAAUUCUCUGAAAGGGUACGGAAAUUUCUUCACGUGUCUCCAGAAUGUGAGGUUAUCCGAUUCGGUGGUCAAAUCGCUUGAGAAAACGAGAAAUCUGAGAACGAGCCAAGCAUCGUCUCCAGCGAACCAAGGACAACAAAUCGCGAAAAAAGUCGUCAGCACCGCGGACCAACUGGCAGCCGUCAAAGAGAUUCUGGAGAAGAUGAAAGAGUUCAGAAGCGCCGAGGCCGAUGCUCUGACGCUCUUCGAAGACUCGCACACGCAUUCCGCAGUCAUCGGAGCAUCCACUCGAGCAGUCAUGCGAAUGAGCACGCUGUUGGAUAAGAAAUUAUUGAUUGACGAAAUCACCAAAAACUAUGAAGUUGUCAAGGCCAAGAUGACAUUGGAUCGGAAACCGUUCACCAAGGAAGAUGAGAACACGUUGAAGUCGAUUGCCUCAAUUAAACCGCUCUUUGCCGGAUUGUUCACCGAACUGUCAAAGUGGAAGAUCAGCAUCAAAACGAGUGGAUCCACUGCUUUGAAGAAGCGCGCGAAUCUGUUUCCAUCCACCACGUCGAUCAGUGUCCAGACGGAUUUGAAGGCUUUGAUUGCGAGUGUGACCAAAUUGGAACGAAAUGUGACUGAUCCGGACGUCAAGACGAAGCUGAAGGAGAUUAUAACUGCGCUCGUCACUCUCGACGACAUUGGUCUCAAUUUCUCGGACGCUCAACCGUCUUUCGACAAGGUCAACGCUUCGUUGGCUGCUCUGGACGACUUCUUUGCCAAGUACAGCCGGAAACUCGCACCGUCUCAAUCGCAACAAUCGAUGUCUGCUUUGCAGAACAACACUUUGAGGGUGAUUGCUGUUGCGGCGAGCACGGCGGCUCCGUCGUUUUUCGAGUGAGUUUCAAACGUUUUAGUAAUCGAAACUGGAAUGUUUCAGAGAAAACCAAACCUACGUAAUCAUCGCUAUCGUUGUGGUUGUUAUCUUACUCGUCGCGGGUGUAUCUGGAAUCAUUGCAUACCUAAAGCAUAAAAAGAAGGAGGAGGAAAAUGAAAGAGAACGAAUUGAAGCUGAAAAGGAAAGAAGAAAACGUGACACAAGCACGAGUACACCGGAAAGUGCGGAGAAUGAAGCUGUACAUGCGGCUCCCGUGGUUCCAGUGGCUCCAGUGGCUGCUCCGGCUCCUCCCGCUGUUGAUAAAAAGGCUGAACUGUCUCUUCAGAAGACGCAAAGUACGUUGAACGUUUUCUGGAAAGAAAUUGAUGAACAAUUGCAGAAAUCAUCGUGCCCAAAAUGAAAACUUCUGCUAUGAACAAGCACAUCACCGACAUGUACAGUUAUUACAAGAACGCUUACCAACGGAUGGAUGUAAGAAAGUGCCUGGCGGGCGCCACUUUCAAUUCUGGCUUUAUUGAAUUUUAUUGCCAAAUGUUCGAAUCCGUAGAAACGUACACGCGGAUCUGUCCCGAUCUGGAAGCCCUCAUCAGUGAAGAGACGCGGUGAGCCACUUGUGAUCGCUGUUCUCAUACAAUAGUCUUUUGCAUUUCAGAGCCACCAUUUUCUUGAUGCCGACAUCGAGAGUGUUCGCAAAGGGAUGGCCAGAGUGGAACAGUCAUCGCGGAAGCGAGUACAUGCACGCGAAUCGGCUCACCUGCCCCAACCAGCUGCAGUUCAUCAUGAUGCAAGGGCCUCUGGCGGAGGACAUCGAGUCCAGGAAACGGUCGACAAUUGAGAAAGCGUGGUGGAUGAUGAAAGAGGAGCGGACCGAGUUCAUUGUCAUGUUGUGCAAGACAGUCGAGACUGGUUUGUGCUCGCCGCGAAACGUUCCCACCUCGAAACUCAUUAUUGCAGUGGAACGAGAUGGCCAAACAGUACAAUUAGAAAAGUGUGCUCAGUACUUUCCGGAAGAGCAGGGCCAGGUCUUGCAGUUUGAUAGGCUGAAGGUGACGUGCGCGGAGAAGACGACGCCCAACAGGGAAGUCAUCGUGAGGAAACUGAGUGCCGAGUUUGAGUGAGUUGGACUUGCCCCCCCCCUUGGAAACAUUUGUUCCUAUUCUACUCGUUCAGAGGGCUGUCCGCGUUCACCGUGACGCACUUCCAACACAUUGAGUGGCCUGACCAUUCGGUGCCAAGAGAAUAUGAUGGCAACAUCUUCAUACUGAAGCAGAUUCGCAAGAGCCUGGAAGCAAUCGUUGUUCACUGUUCCGCCGGAGUCGGACGUACCGGCACUUUUGUCUGUGAGUCGUUUUGUUAUUGUUGGUCUUCUGACACGUCCAACUGGGACGAAUUGCAGACGCCGAAGUCGCUUAUCAAACACUGGCCAACAACGGAUGUAUGGACCCGGCGGCUGUGUUAAGACAAGUGCGUGAUUCUCGUGCGAUGGCUAUCGAGAAGGAGAUUCAACUGGCCUACGGCAACAUGCUUGUUUAUCACUACGCAGAUGUUGUGAGUAGAAUUCACUCGAUCUCAAGCCGCAUCUAUCCAUUAUUUUCAGGGAAUGCUGACGGUGGAAAACGCCCGACAUUUUGAGAGUAUGAAGAACGGAAUGAUCAAGUUCAGAGAAGUCGAGCAUAUUUUGAAUGCCAGAAAUAAAGAGAAGGAUGAAUCCCGGGAAUAUUUGAAGAGAGAGGGCAUGGCGAGGAAGAAGAAUAUGAAGAAGAAUGAGAAGAAGAAUGUGAAGAAGAAUGAGAAGAAGCAUAAGAAGAAGAGCAAGGAUGCGACCGUCGAUGCCACUCAGGACGACGCGUCGGAACUGAGAACGGCCGGCGGAAGUGAAGAUGAAAGUGAAAUGGAGUUCGACCCCGAGUUUGUCGAAGAAAACAAACAUUUGCCCGACAGUUGGCCGUGGCAGAAGCACGACGACGUCCCGAAGAAGGUGAAGAAACGGUCAUGUUGUGUGAUUAUGUGA